CAGUAUAUGUGUCAGUGCGUGCCCUGAGUCCUGUGGUAUUUCAUCUGAUAUCCACUGUCCAUGGCCCUGUUAUGAGGGAUGUCCAUGUAAGCCUGGAUACAUGCAGACUGGACGUGGCUGUGUCAGAGCUGAGCAAUGUGGCUGUUUCUACCAGGGGCAUUACUAUGAGAUUGGGGAGAUAUUGUUGACUGACGGAUGCUCGGAGCAGUGUAACUGCUCCGACACUUCCACCAUGUGCUGUGUGCCAGCCAUUUGCCCGGAGGGUGAGAGUUGCACCCUUAACAAUACUUGGGGCUUUGCAAGGAAAGCUGAUGAUUACAAAAACUGUGAGAAUGGAGAGACAUGUGGUGACCAGAGCCAACCUCAGCAAACCCAGUGUUGGGUGAUGGAAGGCGCUCACUUCUACACUUUCGAUGGGAAGACAUUUGAAUUCCAAGGAAACUGUACCUACACUCUGGUCCAUUUACUGAAUGACGCCUGUGAGAAUAAUACAGUUUGGAUUGGGGUACAGAAAGACACAUCUCUCAACGAGUCUUCAUCUCUUAAAGCUAUUCAUGCCAAAGUGGCUAAAGACAAUAUUACUAUCUACAGAGGGGAAAAAGGCUAUGUUUGGAUAAAUGGUGAAAAAAGGCCACUCCCUGUGACUCUACAGUUUGGACUGGUGAAGAUCAAUCAAAGUGGCAUGUUUGUUGUUAUGGAUACUAAUCAGGGCAUCCAAAUUAAGUAUGACUGGUCUCAAAUUGCCACCAUCCUCCUUUCCAAUGCAGCAGAAGUACGUGGUAUGUGUGGGAAUAACAAUGGCAUCAAAGAUGAUGACCUCAGGACCCCACAAGGUGAGGCUGUUGAUGCUACCACCUUUGGCUGGAGUUGGAGAGUUCCUGAUCUGGAAGCUCAGUGUAUAGCAGAUUGUGGAGCUGCGUGCCCACACUGUUCAUCUGACCAGCUACAUGAGAAAAAUGUUGCCAGUCAAUGGAUUUCACUGCAUGAGUACAUUUGGUCACCACAAAAUCCUUUCUACUCCUGCUGGGAAGUUGUAAACUACACAGAAAUAUCCACAGGAGUAAGCAUAUUUGAUCUGUGCUCCAGUAAUGACACGCAGAAGACUCUCUGCCUAAUCUUGGAGGCCUAUGCUGCUGCCUGCCGCAAUGCUCAGAUCCAGAUCAGAGAGUGGAGGAACAGCACCUUCUGCUCCAUGACUUGCCAACUCAAUAGCCAUUAUGAGUCCUGUGGCACAGCCUGCCCUGCCACCUGUGAGAACCAGUUAAUUUCAAGCCCCUGCUCCUUGGCCUGUGUGGAGACCUGCCAGUGCAACUCGGGGUUUGUCCAGGAUGGCGACACUUGUGUCCCCUUGUCCCAGUGUAACUGCACACACAAUGGCCACAGUUACCACAGCAACCAGACCUUCUGGGCAGAUGAGGAAUGCACUGAAUGGUGUGUUUGUGACCCCCACACCCACCAGACGCGGUGCCAUUCCGAUUCCUGUGGUCCUGAUGGAUACUGCGCUCUUCAAAAUGGAGUCAGAAGCUGUGUGCCACUUCUGCAGCGGAGAUGCAUGUACACGGGGCAUCAUGUGUCCACCUUUGACCACUAUGACUAUGAUUUGCAUGGCACUUGUCAGUACCAGUUACUGGGCAUAUGUGGACAGCAACAAGGACUAAAUGCCAUUCAAGUUCAUACACAGACUGAUGGACACACAGAUUCAAAACUUGGUGUCCUGAUAAAUGUGAGUGGUGUGCUUGUGAAGCUGAACAGCAAAGACACUGAGAACAUUGAGGUUGACGGUGUCAAGAGGAACAUGCCGUAUCAUUUGAGCUCUACUGCACUAGCGUUCUCUUUGGGGCUGCACACUUACAUCUACACAGACAUAGGCUUUGAAUUUAGUCUCAGUAUAGAGGGAAUAGUUGGCAUUAGUCUCUCCCAUAAAUAUGCUAAUGCUACUUGUGGACUGUGUGGCAACUUCAACUCUAAUCCAGUCGAUGACCUCACAGCAAAUGACACACAGGAGCAACUCAGUCCUGAGAAUUUUGGAAAAGCUUGGCGAAGUGGGCAGAAUCCUUGGUGUGUGGAGGGCUGUCUAGGCGGAAGUUGUCCAAAGUGUUCAUCUGAGCGUCUGGCCCACUUCGCUGACCCGAAGGCUUGCGGGAAAAUGCUGCAGGUUAAUGGACCAUUCAGACACUGCCAUGCCAAAGUGGACCCCUCCAGCUUUUACAAGCGCUGUGUCAGUGACUUGUGUCUUCAUGGAGGUCUCCAGCCUGCACUGUGUCACUCCCUGGCAGACUAUAGUGCUGUCUGUCUUUCCCACAAGGCUACAGUUUACGCCUGGAGGAGUCCUGGAUUCUGCUACCUGUCCUGUCCCUCCAGUACCAUUUACAACACAAGCUCUGUUGCUGUUCACCUCUGCCUCGGCUGGCAAAACAACACUGUAGAGAUGCCUCGUAACACUGGGGAGAACUGCCACUGUGAGGAGGGGCUAGUUCACAGUGGCAGCCGCUGUGUCUAUCCAGAAAACUGUGGCUGCUUUCACCGUGGAGAGUACCUCAGGGCAGGACAAGAGGUGUCUACAUGCAAACAAAGCUGUUUAUGUCAUACUGGGGGACACAUGACUUGUCAUAAUGUCUCCUGUGGAGAGAAUGAAGAGUGUAAGCUUGUUAGGGGAGUUCAAGGUUGCCACCCCAAACCCAAAGUGGCCCACUGCUCAGUUGACGGAUCCCAAUACACCACAUUUGAUGGACGGACAUUUGAAUUUCACGGUUCAUGUAACUACACUCUAGUGCAGAUGUGCUCUCUCAAGAACCUGGACGUGGAGCCUGUUGUGAUUUCUGCACAGGGCAAUGGCAUUGAAGGAAGGCAGAUCUACCUGCAAGUCAAUAAUACGUAUUUUCAUACAUCAACAGCUUUUGCUGGAAAAAUUCAGGUAAAUGGAGUUUAUGAGAAUCUGCCAUUCUCCCAGAACAAUGUCACUGUACAUCAGAAAAAUGGAUGGAUAAUCAUCAAGACCCCACAGUCACUUGAGCUUAUUUCAGACCUACAAUACCACAUUCUGGUCAAGAUCCCUGACAUUUACCACCAGACUACCUGUGGCCUUUGUGGAAACUACAAUGAUAAUCCCUUAGAUGACCUGCAGCUGCCCAAUGGCACCAUGAUCUCUGAUCUUGACAUUUUUCCGCCAUCAUGGAAGCUGUCUAAUAUCGAAUCAUCCUGCAGCGACAAGUGUAACAGCAGCUGUCAACUCUGCCAGACCCCUGUGCCAGAGUACAGCUCUGACCUGUACUGUGGCCUCCUCACCCACCCAAGGGGACCAUUCUCCUCUUGUCACCGUUUGGUGCAUCCACAGAAAUACCACUCGCUCUGCAUGAAAAAUCUUUGCAUUGCAAAGGGACAGUCCCAGGUCCUAUGUGACGCACUGUGGACUUAUGGUGCAGCAUGUACGGAAGCGGGAGGGAUCGCUGACCUUUGGACAAACACUACAGGCUGUGCUUAUCAAUGUCCUCAAUUCAGCCACUACAGCCAUUGUGCCAAUGCUUGCUCUUCAUUGUGUCCUGAGAUAAUCCCGGCAGUGCAGUGCCCCAGAGACUGUGAGGAAGGUUGCAAGUGUGAUUCUGAUCACCUUUUUGAUGGACAUGCCUGUGUACCAGCUGAGCAGUGUGGCUGUGUACAGGAUGGGAGGAGGUUUAAGGCCUCUGAGAGCAAACUCCUCCAAAACUGUACUGUUAACUGCACCUGUGGGCCUCCUCUCGUCUGUGAGAAAUACUCAUGUCCACCACUGCACAGUUGUGCAGUGUUGGAUGGAAUCAUGGGCUGCCACAAGGAUGAGCAGAUCCCAGAUCCAUGUGAGGGAAAAUGUGAUGAAACGGAGAAAUGUUCCCUGACCCAUGGUGUCCCUGUCUGUGAGAGCCAUCGGGGUCUGUGUUGGACCUGGGGAGGACAGCACUACCACACCUUCGAUGGGCUGAGCUAUGACUUUAAGGGUACCUGUACCUAUCUGCUCGCAGGCAGCAAAGGGUCAGCGUGUGGUCUGACACCCUUCAGUGUGUCAAUUAAAAAUUACUGCAAAGACAAGAGCGCUGCAUCCCGCACACAGAUGGUGGCUGUACAAGCUUAUGGCUUCCACAUCAAGCUCAGUAGUAGUGAAAAGGGCAGUUUACAUGUUAAUGGUCUGGUGACGUACAUUCCUGUUACUCUGCUGGGGGGUAAGAUCCAGGUCUCUUACAAGGAUGGCAAAACUCUACUGAAAACUGACUUUGGGAUGCGUGUAGUCUUUGGGUGGAACUCCACAGUUGUUACUCUGGAUCCACGCUACAAGGGCAAAGUGUAUGGCCUUUGUGGUAAUUUUAAUGGUGAUCUUAAAGAUGAGUAUCCUGUAGCUACACCUGGUUCCCCUCCCAUUAAGACAAGUGUGGAGCUUGCUCAGGCUUACCAGCUCUCUGAUGCGGACCGAGACUGUGGUACUGGUUGUGAGCAGAAACUCGAUGUAACUCCACUACCAGCACACAAUGUGUCUGACGUCUCUAGUCACAGACUCUGUGAAGUGCUCACGGAUCAGAAUGGUCCAUUGGCCAACUGUCGUAGUCGUGUAAAUCCUGAUUCUUUUUAUGAAAGUUGUUUGGAAGACCAUUUGAAUAAUGGACUGUCAGAAGUUGCUCUUGACCAGGCCAUACAGUCCUAUUCCAUCGUCUGUGAAGAAUCCAGGGUUAUAUACUCUGAUAAAGUCAUAGCAGUGCACUGUCCUCCAAACAGCCACUACAAGACCUGUGGCUCAGCCUGUCCUCCAUUAUGUGAAUUCAAUGCCACCGUCUGUAAUAAGGCGUGUGUUCAGGGCUGCUUCUGUAACCCCGGCUUCAUCAGGAGUCCACGGGGCUGUGUUCAUCCACAUCAGUGUGGCUGCACAGACUCUAGAGGCGAAUACCACAGCCUCAACUCCACUUUCUGGAUUCCAGACAACUGCGGGCAACUCUGUAUUUGCGGACCGGCUCCUGGAGAGGUCCACUGCCGUCCGGCCCAGUGUCCCAGAGGAAUGGUCUGCAAGCAGCUCCAUCACAAGAGGAUGUGUCAACCCAAAAACCCCAAGAACUGUACCAUUGUUACCGGGUUGCAUUUUACAACUUUUGAUGGACAUUAUUUUGACUUCAGAGACAAAUGUGCAUAUUCAUUAGUUCAAACUAACUCCAGCCCAAUGGGGCUAACACCAUUCCGUAUCACUAUCUCUGAUGCAAGUUGCCAAAAAAGACUUUUUCAUAGUCUUACUUUAACUCUCUCAAUCUAUGGUUUGGAAGUAGUGAUAAGAAAAGAUGACCCAGGAAAGGUUUUGGUUGAUGGACAAUAUAAGCACUUGCCAUAUUCUCACCAGACGGGCCAUUUAAAUGCUUACCACACACCUUCAUCUAUCAUCAUUCACACUGAUGUGGGAUUACAGCUAAUUGUCCACAACAGCAGAUCUCUGAUGGUUAUCCUCCCCAGCAGUUAUGGCUCAUCAGUCUCUGGGCUUUGUGGAAAUGCUAACAAUGACCCUCAUGAUGACCAAAUGAUCUCCACUGAAGAGCUUGCCCACAGCUGGAGGUCUGGGGGAGCAGAGACCUGUAGGUCCAACUGUUCCUCUGGACUGAAGCAUUGUCCUGUUGAGGCACAGAAGCCCUUUGAAGGCAGUGGUUUUUGUGGGGUGUUGUUGAACAAGCUAGGGCCAUUUGCAGACUGUGCCUCUGUGUUAAGUCCCAAGCCUUACUUUGACAGCUGUGUAGCAGAUUCCUGCUCUUUUCAUGGACACUACUCAGCACUCUGCAACUCCAUUGCAUCUUUUGCAGCUGCCUGCCAAGCAGCUCAGCUGCCCGUCAGACAGUGGAGGAGUGACACUUUCUGUGGUAUGCCAUGCCCUAAGAAUAGCCACUAUGAGCUGUGUGGACCUCGGUGUCCUGUUGUGUGUGCUGAGCGUUCCUCUCCGGCAAACUGUGGUGGAGGUUGUGAGGAGGGUUGCCAGUGUGACCCUGGCUAUCUCCUGAGUGACGGCAUGUGUGUGCUGAUUUCGGACUGUGGCUGCAUGCAUGAGGGACAAUAUCAUCCUGCUAGCAACUUCAAUUCUGAGGAAAGCUGCCAAACAUGCAACUGUAAAAGAGGAGAAGUGACCUGCAGCCCCAUGGAAAGCUGUUCAGGAAAGGAUGGCCUUGUUUUGCAGCACGGGGUGUGCCAGGUUUUUGCUGGCUUCGGCUACAUCACUUUUGAUGGCGUCUUUCUUCCUCACCACGGUGCUUGUACCUAUGUUGUAUCAGCCCUCUACUCUAAAGCCAUACUUGACUACUCUCUGCUACUUAGCUUUACAAAGGACAGUCAUGGCAUUUUCACAAUCAGCAGAGUGGUAUUUAAUUUGCUCUCAUUGGAAGUGUCAGUGGACCCUGAGACACAAUGGAAAAUACAAGUGAAUGGAGAGGAACGCAGCGUGCCUUUUGACAAUGGAGAACUUUCAGCACACAAAGUUGGCAACAGACUGAUUAUUGUCACACCAUCUGGGGUGGGAAUUGACUUGUCCUCUACCCAGUACCUCAGGUUAACUGUACCACAGGUAUAUGACGCAACACCUUCAGGCCUCUGUGGGAACUUCAAUGGAGACAAGUAUGAUGACAUGGCACUGAGAAAUGGUCACCUGACUGAAAGCUUUGCAGACCUCCUGCACAGCUGGGCAGUAGAAGCUCCUGGACAGCAUUGCCGUGACAUUUGUGGGCGGGAAUGUGAUGAGUGCACCCUGUCCUCGCGUGAAAGCAAUACCUGUGAUAUCCUGUUGAACAGUAGUAUAGAAUUCAGCCAUUGCUGGAACAGUGGUGUGGAGCGCAGCAUUUACAGAGAGAUGUGCAUCAGGGCAGUGUGUGCUGGGGCAGAGCACACAGCGGCUUGUCUAGCACUGGAAGCAUAUUCUGCAACCUGCCAGGCUAAAGGAAUACCAGUCGGGCCAUGGAGAGAGAGCUCUCGUUGCUCUCUCCAGUGUCCUGACAACAGCAGCUCAAGAGAGUGUGUUGAUUCCAGCUCCAAUUCAUGCCCUGCUCUGCUUCAAACUGGUUCUUCAGCAACUGACUGUGCAGAAGGCUGUCAGUGCAGCAAUGGAAAUGUGUUUGAGGGAAACAAGUGUGUACCUUACUGGCAGUGUGGGUGUGUUCUCCAGGAUCUAUAUAUCAAGAUGGAUGAGAAGCUGUACACUCAGGACUGCACCCAGAUAUGCUGGUGCCACACUCUGGGUGGUGUGAUAUGUGAGGCGGCAGGCUGCAACCCAGGACAGCAGUGUCAUCUAAAGAAUGGUUUCUGGGGCUGUCAUGAUAGACCUGAAGUUUGUAAACUGUGGGACAGCCUCCAAAUCUCCACACUUACUGGGCAGCAGCUGAGCUUGGAACCGGGGUUAUCGUACAGUAUAAUGUCACUCUGCGAUGACGCCAGUGCUCAGUGGUUCAGCCUGGUCUCUUACCAUGGACCUUGUGGCAGCGUUCCCAGACUUGUCACCAUGUUUCAGAUCCUCCUGCACGGAUCAACAGUUGCCAUAGAGGAGGGAACAGUAAAGGUGAAUGGACAAUUGGUAUCCCUCCCUCACACUUUGUCCUCAGGGUUGUCCCUGUCAUCUGGUGUGAACCAGGACAAGUCAGAGGUCAUAAUCCUGAGGAGAGACACUGGGAUGGACUCUGAGUUGGAGAUAGAGAUUGGUGUUACCAUGAUGACAGUUAAAGUGCCUCUAUCGUACUCGGACAAAUUGUGUGGUCUGUGUGGAAACCUCAAUGACCUCCACUCACAUAGUUCAGUCCAGUCAUGGGCUCUCAGUGAUUUUCCUGUCUGUGGCUUCCCAGGAUGAUAAUUGACUGCUUGUCAAUGUCCUGAGUAAUGCAUAUUGGGGAAUUCCUGUUUUUAAAUACAAAAACACUUGAACAAC